AGCGGCUCGUUAGGUGAAAUGCAACAUGGGACGAAAAAAACAAGGCAAGUUUGUUCGGCCCGACAAUAAGGGCAAAGACAAACGUCAUAGAAUGAAGGGGAAGUCGUUGGAGACCUUUACUGAAGAAAUGCACUCUGCUUUUGAAGCUAGUCUUCACUUGGAGGAGGGAGCAGCGGCCCAACAGGUGAAACUGCCUUGUCCACUUGCCAUGUGGGAGUUGGGUCACUGUGAUCCAAAACGUUGUACUGGCAGAAAGCUGGUACGGAAGGGCUUUGUACGCAACCUGCGCCUCAACCAGAGGUUUAACGGACUCAUCCUGAGUCCAAUGGGCACAAAGUAUGUGACGCCAGCAGACAGAGAAAUUGUGGCUCAUAAUGGGCUUGCUGUCAUUGACUGCUCAUGGGCCAAACUGGAGGAGACCCCUUUCAAUAAGAUGGUUGGAAGCCAUCCCAGGUUGCUGCCAUACCUCGUCGCUGCAAACCCAGUCAACUACGGCAAGCCUUGCAAACUAUCUUGUGUUGAAGCUUUUGCUGCCACAUUCUGCAUUGUUGGGUUUGAGGAGCUGGCGGUGCUCCUGUUGCAGAAAUUCAAGUGGGGGACAGUGUUUCUUGAACUGAAUAAAGUUCUUCUUGACCGCUACGCUGCUUGUCAGUCUGAGGAAGAGUUACUGUCUGUCGAGAAGGAGUUUCUUACAUCUAAACCGGAAGAAGACGAGUUUGAUCCAUUUGAUGUUAACUCUGGAGUGGAAUGUAGGAAUCUCAACCGACCUCAGAGUGCUGUUGAAAAGGAUGAUUCCAGUGAGGACAGUGACUCAUCAGAAGAUAAUGAAGACCAUGCAGAAGAUGAAAACACGGGAAUCAAUGAGUCAACAGUUUUACACUGUCAAGCUAAAGAUGAAGACUAAUUCAAGAAUAUUUUUCCAUAAAGGAUUGGAAACUGUGUCCUAAAACCUACCCUGAUUUUUAAAAGAUGAAAGACUGUAAAUAAAUGAAGUAUGCAGUGAUUUCCAAA